GACGUCACGUGCACCCGACCCCAUACACUAUCUCUCUUCUCUUUCUUCUUUCUCACCCUCUCUCGAAACUCCUUCACCGUUUUUUCUGUGAACGUUGCGACAGAAAGCUUCUUCAUCUUAUCUUCUCUUUACCGUUGAACUGUGAAACGACGCUGUUUCGUUCUCGCCUCGAUUCGAUGGAGUGCGUUUCUCUGUGAUCUCAAGGGGAGUCCGGCGAUGAGUGAGCUAAUUCGGUGCCUGGUGUUUGAUACUGGUUUCGGUUUUGUCGAUUUGUUUGCUCGAAUUAUAUGAAAUGUUUGAUUGGAACGACGAAGAGCUAGCUAACAUAAUAUGGGGUGAAGGAGGUGAGAGUGAUGAUCAUAUUGUGCCUUAUCCAGAAGUAAAUGAAGAUGUUAGCAACAAGAGAGAAUGGAACCAGGAAGCUUCUGCAAAUAAGCUCAGUGAGCUGAAGAGACCAGAGGCUAAAAAUGAUUUUGAUGAAAGAAAGUUAGGAAGCUGUUCCAACCUUGAUAAUAGUGGGGAACUACCUGCCUCAGGAUAUGGAACAAACUCAUGGCCUGACUUGUCUUUAUCCACUUCAGCUAAAAUUGAUCAGGGUUCCUUGGGUACUGAAGUAUCUAAAAAUUUAACUGAACUUGGCAAAUUCAGUUCAUCAAGAGGUGAAGAAACUACACAAUAUGAAAAGGAUGCUGAAAUUUUCCAAAAUGGUCAUGAAGGUAAAGAGCAAGGUGAUUUUGUUGAUUAUGGAUGGGCCAAUAUAGGAAGUUUUGAUGACCUUGAUCGAAUAUUUAGCAAUGAUGACCCUAUAUUUGGCCAUGUUAAUCUUGAUAAUUCUAAUGAGCUUUGGUCCUCUAAAGAUUUGAGUAACAAUCCAGCACCUUUACUACUGGACACACCAAGUUCAUCAGGUGCUUUAAGGAACGGAACUGAGCCUUCGGAAAUCAAAGAAGAAUAUGUUCAGUGUGAUGAUGAAUCCUUGGACCUCAGCUUUGGGAGUCCUGCAUCUCAAGUUAUACAAAAUUCAUGCACAAUCACAACUAAUUUGGGAAGUGAUGGAGUUAGAAGGAAGCGUACUGGAAAGGAACAGCAGGUUUUUAGGCAAAAGAAUCAUUUGAAAAAUCGAAAAAAAUCACAGGUAAAACAUGAGGAGAAUGCCUUGCAGGAUUUUUAUGGUAAUUGGUCUCCUUCAACAGCACAAGCAAAACAAUUUGAGAAUCAGUUGCCACCUUCAGUCAUACAAUCUUCUCCCUCUCCAAUUCUUGGGCAAGCAAAGCAGAUCCAAGGAGCUGAAACCCUAUAUCAGAAUAUCAUAAAUCCAUAUAUGGCUUCUUCUGUGUAUGGAAACCUUUCUAAUACAUAUCCUGCUAUCCCAAUGCUAUCACAGACUCAGUCAGGCGAUCUUAGCCAUCAGCCAGCACUUUCUGGGUACGAAGUGUCUCCCGGUAUAGUGAAUCCUGUAAAGAAUUCUGUGGACUCAAUCAAGCCCCAAAUCAUGACUCCUCAGGAGAAAAUUGAAAAGUUGAGGAGGCGGCAGCAAAUGCAAGCAAUGCUUGCUAUUCAGAGACAACGGCAACAAUUAGCCCAUCAAGUUCCUAGUGCUAGUAAAUCCAGCACUCAAAAAUGUCCCCCGGACAUUCAAAGUCAUCUUAGUGAUGGGACUGAUGAAGAUCUAAGAACUCUUCCUGUUCUAGAUCCACCAAUUGAACAAGAUGAUUCUAAUACAAUGUCAGUGGCAGUUGGUAAUGAUUUUGUUGAAGACACCAUACUGUACAGGCUUCAGGAUAUUAUAUCAAAGUUAGACAUCAAAAUAAGACUCUGCAUCAGAGAUAGUUUGUUCCGGUUGGCACAAAGUGCAACGCAAAGGCAUUAUGCUAGUGAUACUAGUAGUACAAACAAAAGUAGCAGAGAAGAACUUGAAAUUGCUGCAAGAGAAGAUAGCAAUAGCCAGAACAGAUAUGCGAGGAUGCCUGAUGUUGAAACAGAGACGAAUCCCAUCGAUAGAACUGUGGCUCAUUUACUUUUUCAUAGGCCUAUGGAGUUAACCCAAGACUAUGCUGACAAGCUGGAGUCGCCUAUGUCUACUAAGCUGCAAUGUGAAAGCAAAGAAGCUAAGCUGGUGAACUUUCCUGUGAGUUGCAUACCAGAUGAAGACUUGAAAAAUAAUCAACAUCUUUCUCAUCUUGGGAUUAAGAAUUCUUGGUUUGAUGCCCAGUCUAUGGAUCAAAUUAAAAACAGUCCCUGCAUAGACACUUCAGAGAAUGCAUCUAACACACAGCAACUUGAAGCCUCUCAGUGAAGAAAGAAAUUCUCCAGAAAUCUGAGGCCAUUUGGAUCAUAAGCCAGUGCAAGUAUAUCGCUGUAGAAUCCUGGGGCACCAGUUUCAUGCAUGCAUGUUAUCAGUAUUAUUUACAUUUCUGCUGUUUUAAAACAUGACACUCUGUAUAUCUGUAUCUGACCAUACUUAAGGUCGUGAGUGCUAAGUUGUUUUAAUCAUAACUAGAACAAAAGUGUCUCGCAAGGCCCCACUCUUAUGUCAAACUUAAGUCUUUGGCUGACUGACAUAGACCAGGCUUUAAAUUUGGUGUCGUAUUUCUAUAUGUACGACUUGCCAUACCUACCCCUUAUCAUAAUUAAUGUUAUGUCUGUCAUUAUUUGAGAUUGAGACA